AUGGCCGCCAUGCGUGGAGCGCGCGUUCCCGUCGGUUCGGCGACGUGGAUCGCAGGCGAACGAUCUUCUGCGGAAGAUAUUGUCAAGACCGAGACUGAAGAGUUCUCCUACUCCGUCCGUAACGAGUUCGACUGGUUGAACGAGCACAUGGCCGACGUCUUCAAUGAAAAUGCCAUUAACGUUGCCGAAAUGUUCAAGACGCCCGGAAAGCUUCGGGGCAAAACGCCUCGGACCGCGAGAAAAGUCAUCACGGGAGAACCUCGCGUUCCUCUGUCAGAUAUCUUCUCCUCCGCGUCGAAGGGAGCGCCGACACCGUUCACGCAGCAGCUGGGUCGCCUGCAGUCGCCGAGGUUACAGGCUUCAAGCUCCAGGUCGCCGCUCGCCAACAAGACCGCGUCCCCCUUGAGACCUCUGCCGUCGAUGCGGCCUCAACCUACUAAGAAUGCAGCACUUCCGACGGACUCUGGCUAUUAUGGGAGCCAGUCUCAGGACGUGAUGGAUGUUGACCAUCACGUUCACGCGACGCAGUCUACACAGCCUUUCAGCCCUGUUCGAGAAGCCGACACGAACGAAGACGUCGCGUUCCACGUCGAUGAACCCUCGACACACGAAAGCCCGACCGUCACCAAGACGAUGCAAUCGCCCACCAUGACGUUCCAGACAGCACGCGAGGAGCAAACGACCCGAGUACUCAAGGAUGUCACGCAAAAGAUGGCCUCACCCGUUCCCAAUCCUUCCCCAGCGCGAAGCCCGGCGAAACAGACCUCGACAUAUCCCGUCAUCUCGCCCCCCUCGCGAUUUGCGCACUCCUCAUCUCCCAAGAAAUCCUCGCCGCUCAAGACGUCGCCUGCCAAAAACUUUGAUGAGCCCAUGUCGGACGCUCCAUCAGAAAACCACAGCCCCAAUGCGGACGAAGCACGGUCGCCUUCCGAGGGCUCAAGCCCCAUCCGCCCUGUUGUUCGCAAGCGCAGCCUCAACUUUGCUUCUCUGCCUGCUAGAGAGCCUUUGACUCACAAGAAGAGCCUAGGGGCGCGCCAGUCGAGACCCAGCCACGACAGUCGCCAGAGCUAUCUUGGCAGGCAUACUGGUGGGAAGAGCCUCAGCAACGUUGAUAUUUUGAGCUCCACAGAUGAUGAAGACGAAUACCAAGACGGCAUGGAGCUUGGUGGGAUCAUCGCUGGCACACACAAAACAACCAAUGAUGAGGUAUUUGCCGAUAACCACAACAAGGUCUACACUCAGAGGCUGCAAGACCAGAUCAGCCUCCUUGGAAAGUCGCAGCCGAACGCCAGCAGGCCCUCAAAGUCCAUCCCUAGCUCCGCAGUUCUUCAAGCAGCCGCCGCUGUUGCAUCAGCACCAGAAGUCAAGGAGAAGACUCCAGAGAAGUCCCCGGCCAAAACACCAUCAAGAUCGUCGCCCAAGAAACAAGCUGCGCCCCCUACUCCGGGAGCUUUCCCUGACGAUGACGACGAGGAGGAGGAGUGGAUUGCUCCUCCAGCGGUGCCAGAGAAGGAUCAUAUCGAAUCCAGUCCUCGUCCAGCGCUUCCAAAAAGCUACACGGCGGACAUCAUGGAAGGCAUUCACGGAAUGGACUCGGUUAGCGGCGCAGAGUUUGUUCUGCCCAAGCAGCGACAAGCUGGCAGUCGCUCGACCUCUCCUCAACGUGGCCCCGUGGUGCCUGAGCGAACAACCAGCACACUGGGACACACUAAGUCUGCGUCGGUAUCUGUGCUGCCCGAGCUCGGCAUGGCCUCUGGGCCAGCGGGCGUCAACUCGCCUCUGAAGGCGAUUUCUGUGUCCAACCCAGCUCUCACGUCCGUAUCGGAGACUGGACGUCCGCAAACACCCAAGUCUCCUUCACGCAGCUUCCGCGACAGCCCGCUGAAACAGGUUAAGAAUAAGCUUUCUUCGAUCAUCAAGAGUUCCAGAGGGCUUCUGGCAAGCAGUGCCGCCAUUAGUGCCGAGGGCAAGUCUCUGCUGUCGCCCUCGUCAACUAGGCUUGGCUUCCAUGCAGACCCCUCGGCCAGCUCUCUUGCGACUCUGGCCACGACUGCUGACUCGUUGUAUCCCGACCUGUCCCAGCGCGCCACAAACGAUGCUCCUGUUGUUUCCAGCUCCGGGAGCCCCACACGCCCGGUCGCAAAGCGAACGAGAUCCUCGACCGAAAGGGAAAAGGAGGAGAAACGCAAGGAAAAGGAAACCCAGAAGGAGGCCCGCCUCAUGAACGAGCAGAUGGACAAACUGGAGAAGGCUCGCGAAAAGGAGCGCGAGAAAGCUCGUGUGUUCAGCAAGGAGCAGGAAAGAAUCGCAGCCUUUGAAAAGAAGGUUGCGGCUCAGAAGGAGCAGGAGGUUGCGCAAACUCCCGCCCCCAAGCAGGAGAAACCUACCAGGACAAGCCCUCGCAAAACGAAGGCUCAGCUCGAGGCUGCCGCAAAGGCUGCUGCGGAGGAGGACGCUGACAUGAACGAUGCGCCGGGUUCGAUGGCGCCCCCAUCCGUUCCCAGAUCCGCUGGGCCUGGCCAAGCGAGCCGUGCGAGAGAGGUACGGAGGCCGCUUAAGCCCACAAAGGAGACGGCAACGAAGUCGAGGCAGGCGCCUACAGUCAUCCGCGUCAACACCGGAUCACAGCACUCACAGUAUCAUCCUUCCAACUCGUCCCUUUCAUCCAACCUGCACGACACUCUCGGCACCAGUCAGCCCCAGCUCAAGAGCAAGGCCAGCUCGGCUUCGCUCCAGCAAAAGCCCUCUCUUUCCAGCCUUAGAGGCUCUACAGCCGGAAGGCCGAAGGCUCUGGAGCUUGCUGCGAAGCGGAAGGAGGUUGAGGAGAAGGAGGCUCAGCGCAAGAGAGAUGCCAAGGCGGAGAUUGAACGCAAGAGGGCGGCGUUGCAAGAAGAGGAGCGUAGGCAGGAACAGCAGAAGCGGCUCGAGGCUGAGAAGCAGAAAGCCAAGGAACGAGAGCAGGCUGCAUCGCAGGCGGAGGCGAAGAAGAACGCCGCACGUCAAGCCGCCAUCGAGCGGGCCAAGCAGACGCGAGCGCCACCUCCCGCAGUGCGAGCUCAGCCUACCGGGCCUCCGGACUACAACACUGGUUCGGACAAGGCGGCGGCGAGCAGUCAGCCCCCCCGUCCUGUAUCGCGUAUGAACACUGCCAGUCAACGACCUCAAGAGGAUCUUGGCCGUCCUGUGUCAGCAGUUUUGAACCAGGGUGCCAAGGCACCGCCUAAGCGACCUCUGCAGCAGGAGACCAACGACGGUGCAUCCCGCCACCCGCAAGCCAGGAAUGGACCGAGCUAUCAGUCCAAGGACUCCAAGCGGCGACGGACAAGCGACGACUUCUUUGACGAGCUGGACAUGGACAGCCAGCCCCCCAACAUCAAGGGCCCGCCUGUCCGGCCCUCUGGCGGACUGAAGAAGGAUAUGUCGAACAAAUCCAUGUUCUCCGCCGGCUAUGCCAAUGUCCCGCCUCAGAGCGCGUCUCGCGACCUCUUCAAGGCUACCGUCACGGCUCAACACCACAGCGCCGUCAAGAGCACGCAGCCUAUGGACAUGUCACAACGCCGGCCCGGCCCGCAGGGCGCUGCCGGUGCGAAAUCAGCCGCCAAGUCGGCGACUCGGUCGUCGCCGCGGUUCCAGAACGGCGAGUCGAUCGAGCUGCCCGAGAUCGACACAGACGACGAGGACGAGGAGGAAGACGACGCGAACUUUGGCGCUGCUGCGUGGGUCGACUCGCCGGAGCUGCGCAGGGCUCUGACCCGCCAGGAGACUAUGGACCCCUCGCAGAUCUUUGGGCCACCAGCGCCGCUCGUGAUGGAGGAGGUGUUCAGCAAGAGCAAGGACCGUUGGCACAAGUUCAGGGCGCGCACGUCGAGCGCCAAUUGGAGCGGCACAGACCGUCUGACGGAAGACGAAAUCAGGAAGGAUCUUGUGGCCCGCGACAGGAUGCGCAAGGACGGAGCCUGGACGUUUGAGAUGAGCAAAGACCUGGCAUAG